CGCACACACUCAAACUCUCUACUCCUACCAGACCAGAUCCGCCCGCACUCCUACUCGCUCUCUCUCUCUCUCUCCCCGUGGACUUUUUGCGUGUUGAAAUUGAAUCACCGUGACCAGCUGAGCUGUGAGGACCCUGGUCCUGAAGCUUCCCACCGAGAUCGCCGCUGAAGCUCCCUCCUCCAGCUCCCGAUGUCUCGGCCCAACGGCUUCCUCUCGGCUCUUUCGCUUCUCUGCGCCUCCAUUUGCCUCUCGUACGGCUCGGUCCACGAGUACAACGGCGACAGGUUCGUGAGCAAGGGCAACGCCUUCUUCUUCCACGGCGGCAGCGAGGGAAUCUACUCUUCUUCUCCGACUUCUAGUCCCAACGACACCGCCGUUCCUUCUAACGGAGAGUCCUUUAUCAAAUUUGAAAAGAUUAAGUUCCGGAGACCCAAGGAAUAUGCAAACUCUAGUUCCGAGUUGAUACAAGCCAUUGUUUUUGAGGUAGAAGACAGAGAGACUAUUGGGGGUUCAGCCUAUGGUGGUCAAAAAGCAGUCUGCUGCACAGCUGAUCUUGCUAAGCUGGGUGUCUGCAAGCGGGGUCGGAUCAUUCACCGACCUUCUUUGAAGAACAUUGACUGGCCGCAAGUGUUUGGCGUGUCAUUUGGAAUAGAUGAUCAGGUUGUGGCUAUGCCUGCAAAAUUAAUACCAAUAACAGGAACUGGGAUGUAUAAUUUGUAUUUUAUCCACUGCGAUCCAAAUCUCAAGGAGUUGACUAUUGAGGGGAAAACAAUUUGGAAAAACCCUACUGGGUAUCUGCCUGGUCGAAUGGCGCCUCUCAUGAUCUUCUACGGUUUCAUGUCCUUUGCUUUUGUGAUACUUGGAGUAUUUUGGUUCUCUCAAUAUGCUAGAUUCUGGAGAGAAGUUCUUCCACUGCAGAACUGCAUAACCCUUGUAAUAACCUUGGGCAUGUUUGAGAUGGCGUUGUGGUACUUCGACUAUGCUGAAUUCAAUGAGACUGGAAUCAGGCCCAUUGGGAUCACCGUGUGGGCAGUUACUUUUGGGACUAUCAAACGUACAGUUGCACGUCUGAUUAUUCUGAUGGUUGCAAUGGGCUACGGCGUUGUUCGGCCUACUCUAGGUGGGAUUACCUCCAAGGUCAUUAUGCUAGGACUGACCUUCUUUCUGGCAUCUGAAGUCCUUGAGUUGGUGGAAAAUGCUGGUGCAGUCAGUGAUCUUUCAGGGAAAGCAAGACUAUUUUUGGUUCUUCCAGUGGGUCUCCUGGAUGCUUUUUUCAUCUUGUGGAUAUUUUCUUCCCUCUCUGCAACUUUGAGUAAGCUUCAGGCUAGAAGGAUGAUGGUUAAACUGGACAUAUACAGGAAGUUUACGAAUGCUCUGGCAGUUGCUGUGAUCGUAUCUGUUGGUUGGUUAUGCUACGAGCUCUAUUUCAAGUCAAAGGAUGCCUACAACGAGUUGUGGCAGAAUGCAUGGGUCAUUCCUGCCUUCUGGCAAGUCCUGUCAUUCUCUCUUCUCUGUGUGAUAUGUGCUCUUUGGGCACCAUCUCAGAGUUCAAUGCGAUAUGCUUACUCAGGAGAGGCAGGAGAUGAAUUCGACAAAGAAGAAACCAACUUGAUACUUAUUAAGCCAUCGCCCAUGCCAUCGAAGGAUGUCCAUAGUGUGCAGGAUGCUAGGGCCAUGCACGGCGGCAAUGGAGCAGCAGAUGGGAUGGAAGAGAAGACAGAGUGAAGUAGCAGUUGAAUUAUGUUGCUGUGAGGAGGUUCACUUGUUAAUCUUUUGACUGUCGGCGACAAGACAUAACAGUUCGUUAGCCUCUCAAUCAUACCAAGCGCAAAAGUUUCGUACAACAGGUUCUUGCCAUGGAGAUCUUCACUGAAAAUCAAUGUGCCUCAUUUCUUCGUUGAUCUUUUACUCUCAUUUAUUUGUUCAUCCGGUGAUCGCUUACCUUACUGACAGUUGUUACAGACGAGAAACAGAAAAUGAGUGCCAGUUGCGUUGAGCUCA